GGUAAAGCGCGGGGAGGUUGUCGCAGUCGUGGUCCGGUGUGCAGUGACUGGCAGGGAUCGCUACUAGGGGGAUUUCCGUGGUAUAUGAGGUGCCAGCAACAGUCCUGCGUGUCAGUGUGUCUCGGGUUGUGGUUCGGAGUGGAUGUCAUGGUUGUGGUACUUGAAGUGUGAGAUAAAUAGAAAAAGAAUAUUAGCGGUGUAUUUUUUGUUGUCUGUGUAAAGGGUAAAUGCAUUCACCUGUUUGAAUGCCACCCACCACAGGAAUGUUGUGACUAGACAAACAUAAAGGAGUACUUAAAUGAUGAUAAUAUGUAGACGUUAAUAUAGUUUUACCAAAGGAAAUAUGCGAUAAGUGACCAACAAAUAAAAACAACACGAAACAGAUCCCCAUUAAAGAAUAUAUCAUUAAACGGAAACAACGGAAUAAAUACAACGCGAAUACAAAGUGGAUACGUUUUAAGAAUUCAAGCAAGUGUAAAAGUAGAGGAAGACAACAUUAAAAAAAAGUCAAUAUAUACUUUCAAGUGUCAUCCUCGGUAAUUUGAAUACGUAUGAAGUUAUGAACACAAACAAAAACUAAAAACAAAUAACCAUCGUACCAUCAACAGGACACCAGGUGUAUCUCAUAUGUAAACACAACAAACAGGUGACUCGUGAUAAGGUGAAGUGUGAGUGUGCUUCUCAACCGCUUAAUUAGUCACACCUUCACCUGCAUCAUCUUCCCUAUCACACCUUUACAAUGGUCCGGUGUCUCAUCAAAUCCCACAAUCAACAGUACAAAAUGGCCUCUUCGCAGAACGAGGAUGCCGAGGGGAUGUGCACCAGUGUGGCCUCCCUGGAGCCUGACCCCCGCUACUCCGGCUGCUGCUCGAGUAUCUUCCGCCCCGGCCGCGUCUUGAGGGACAUCGUGGUCGGCUCCCUCGUUGUCAUCGCCAUCGCCGUCGUCAUCGCUGUGGUCUUCGUCGUCUGCUUCUUCUUCAUCCCCUCUAAAUCCUUGGGUGAAGCGCCGCAGCUCGGGGAGGAGGGUGCCUUCCACGGGAAGCCCAUUGAAGAGGAUGAGCCCUAUCGCGGUAUAAAUGAAGUAGAGCUCAACAACAACACUAGAUAUGAUGUGAACCCUGAGCUAGCGAGGGUCAGGGAAGGCGAAAAGGACCCUCAUGGCCAUGACCACGAAGGACAUGACCACAGCCAUGAUCACGAGGGGCACUCACAUGACCUUGAUGGUCACGAGGAACACCACCACGUUGGCCCCGUCCCUGAGUCUGAACCUGAGCCUGAGCCUGAAUCUGAGCCUGAGCCUGAAUCUGAGCCCGAGCCAACAGCAGAACCCGAGCCAGAACCUGAGGCCACCCCAGAGCCAGAGCCAGAAGGAGACCACACCCACGGCAAGGGCCCCGUGACUCACGACCACGCUCACCCUGAAAUGGACCAUGACCACACACACCCAGAGGCUGACCACGACCACACUCACCCCACCAUGGACCAUGAUCACACCCUGGGGCAUGGCCCAGUGAAUCAUGACCACACACACCCUGAAAUGGAUCAUGAUCACACUCAUCCUGCUGCAGAUAAUGACCAUAUUCACCCUGCUAUGGACCAUGAGCAUCCCCAUCCUGCUGAGGACCAUGAACACGCCCACCUUGCUGAGGCCCAUGAACAUACUCAAGAAAGGGGCCCAUUGACUCAUGACCACACUCAUCCUGAAAUGGAUCAUGAUCACACACACCCUGCUGCGGACCACAACCACACACACCCUGACCAUGAACAUGCUCACCCUGCUGAAGCUCAUGAGCAUGUUCAAGAGAAGGGCCCAUUGACUCAUGAUCACACACACCCUGAAAUGGAUCAUGACCACACUCACCCUGCUGCAGACCAUGACCACACUCACCCUGCUGCAGACCAUGAUCACACUCACCCUGCUGCAGACCAUGACCACACUCACCCUGCUGCAGACCAUGAUCACACUCACCCUGCUGCAGACCAUGACCACACUCACCCUGCUGCAGACCAUGAUCACACCCACCCUGAAAUGGACCAUGACCACACCCACCCAGAGAUGGACCAUGAUCACACUCACCCUGCUGAGGGCUUACCAAAGGCUGCAGACACAGAUGUGCACCAUGUCCCUGAGGCCUCUGAGUCUGAGGUGACUGUCGUCCCCACCACACACAGCCCCAAUGACAGGGAGGGGAGUGAUCUCCCUCCUCUAUUUGAGGUCUUCAGCCACAGGACCCCAACUGAGGAACAUGUAGAACACACACCUGAAGGUUCUGAGGGCACCCUGAAGGAACUGGUCGUGCCUCAUGAGCACCAGACUGAGGAGCCACACCAGCAGGCAGAGGCUCAUCAUGAGCACCAGACUGAGGAGCCACACCAGCAGGCAGAGGCUCAUCCUGAGGAGGUUCAUGGGGCGGUUGUGGCUGAAGCAACUCAGGAGGCACCUCAGGGUGAGUGCCAGCCUCGCCAACUGGAGAUGUGCAGUGACCUCCCACAUGGCCUCACUGCCUUCCCAAAUUGGGCCGGUGACCAGACAGAAGAGGAUAUGCAGAAGACUUCCCUCCCCUUCUUGCGGGAUGUGAUAGUGAGGUCCAGGUGUUCACCAAGAGCCAAGGAGUACUCAUGUGCCAUCCUUGAGCCUCCAUGCACCCCAGAGGGCACCAUUCUGCCGCCCUGCAGGACUUUCUGCAAAUCUGUGGCCUCCACCUGCCAGGAGUUCAUCACCUCCAGGUUCAGUCUCAGCAGCGCCUUUGACUGCGACAAGUUCCCAGACUCCUCAGACCCCAGUGUUUGCUUUGACAUGACCCAUGGGCCAUGUCUGGGUCUGGAGCACCAGUGUGGGGACGGCCGCUGUGUGGCCAAGAGGCUGGUCUGUGAUGGCCACUCUGACUGCCUUGACCACUCAGAUGAGGCAGAGUGUCCUGGCCGAGGCUCAGCUGAGGGAGUAGUGCCCGAGCAGACAGGCUUCAGCCCCUUCCUUCGUCUCCCUGAUGCCCCUCAAGAUGGCCUCGGAAAUGCAGACUCCUUCACAAACUCUCCCUCAAACACUCCCACAUCCAUCACUGAGCCUCAGGCAGAGGACAGAGCCACACUGGGCCAUCACCCUGCCUCUGAGAGCAAUGCUACACCCCUUAUCCUCACACCAACAGAGGAUUAUCAAGCUGACUACCCAGAGGAGGGUGUUGAGGAUCUGGCUGGAAAUGCCGACUAUUCGUAUGAUUACCCACUUGAAUUCACCCCGUCUGAGCCUCCUUCCGCACCACCAAGGGGUGCCAGUGGCACCACUUCUAACACUCCCUCUGAUCCUGGGAACUUUGUUAAUCCUUCAUUCAAUGACUCAGUGUGUGGUCAGAAUGACUUUGAGUGUGCAGAUGGCUCAGCCUGCAUACCCUCAGAGGCGGUGUGUGAUGGCCUCCAGCAUUGUGGAGACGGCUCAGAUGAAGCAGACUGUCAGCGCGUGGGAUGCAAUGCAGGAGAAUUCCGUUGUGCCACCACUGACCUGUGUGUCCCCGAGUCUUGGGUGUGUGACGGGACAGAUGACUGCCAAGACAAUUCUGACGAGACUGACUGUGACCUUCCACCCCUCCAAAGGUCCCCCUUGGUCCACACUGGGGGGGCACCUCACCUGGAGACCCUCACACCCCUUGGACAGUUUCCCCUCCCUGGGGGUCACCCUCAGGAUGUUUAUGGAGGAGGACGUGCACCACAGGAAUAUAAUUUCAAUGAGUUUGGGAAACUUCAGAACAGUGAUAACUCCUUUGUCAGUAUCAGCAAUGAUGGUUUCCCAGCUGUACCUGUGAACAAUGGAAUAAACGGAUCCCAUUCAAGGGAUUAUGCCAGAGAGCUGUUUUCAGGAGAAAGUAAUAUAGAUGAAGUUGUCCCUGUCCAGGAGGCAUUAGUAAACCACCCACCUGCUGUGGAGGGCUCUCUGGGCACUGUAAAGGCUGGGGAGCUGCCUAACUACGGUGAAACAGGUAACCCAGGGCCAGGACAGGAGGGACGGGAGGCUCCCAAAGACUCUGAGAGUAUGCUACUUGAGGACUUUGGUGGCUCUGAAUCAAGGUUGCCCUUCAAUGGUCAGCUGCAAGACUUUUCAGAAGAUCUGUACCGAGGAGACACAGUAGAUUCCUUUUCAGAGGACCUUUCCCGCCAUGAUUUUGAUCCUUCAGAUUUUUCAGAGGGGCCCAGCCAAGGCAGCUUUACUCCUGAUGCCCUCCCAGGAGGGACCUACAACUCUGAUCAAACUCCUGAAGUUUUCAAUGAGAAUCCCAACAAGUAUGAGGAGACACUUGAGGGUGAGGAAACCCUUGCUGUGCUUGGUGUCCCACAGGGCCAAGACUCAUUCAACCAGCCACCCCUUUAUGGAGACUUUGGACUGGGCCCUGAUCAUGAUCAGUCUCUGCCAGCUCAGGAUGAGUCUCAAAUACCUGUAGAUGAUGAAAUCAAAGCCUCUUUCCGAGAACUUUCAACAGCAACAGGCCACAAAAGCCCUCAACUCCUUGAGGUAGAAGAAACCAAGCCUUUGGAAGAAGAACCAUCACAGUUUUUACCUGAGACAUCACAUAUCUCAUCCAUCACUGAGGAAAGUUUUGUGGAAGCUGAGAGUAAUGAAGCCACAGAUUCAUUCCAUGAACACCAGGGCAACCUUCCUCAUGAACCCUUUCAGUCAAAUUUUGAGUCUCCUAAUCCACCACACCAACCAUUCAAUGGAGACUUUCCACAGCCAGGCAACAGUCCCAUCUAUUCAGACAAUGAACAGACCCCAUCACCAUCAACUCAGGGACAGGAGGCAAACCAUGAGCACAGGGAAAAUGGUGGAGCAUCUCAGACUGUGUUGAAUGAUGAGUCAAAUGAUGAAGAACCACAAGUCAGUCUUAAGACAAUUGACCCUGCAAUGCCCAUCAUAGAUUACCAAGAUGCCCCCAUCCCCACCACCACCACCACCACUGCUCCCACAGUCGGCAGAGUUAGCAGGCCAAGAGGCAGCACUCGGUUUUCGUACACCCGUCGUCCCUUCACCCGCAGGCCCUUGUCCAGCAGACCUUUAACCACCACCAAUAGGCCCCUAUCCAACAGACAUUUAACCACCACCCGCAGGACUGGAUCACCACCCAGUCCCCGCCCAGACCCUCCAACAUCCUCCUCCUUUCACUCACGCCUCCAGAGGUGGCGUUCCUCUCGUGUCCCAACGUACGAGUCACUAAGAACAGAGGCAGUAAAGGAGCGCCUUAACACGGAGGAAGAUGACCAGGAGGCCACUGGGGCGGAGGAGAGUGAUAUCCAGUCACCAAGACAAACAGUUCAGUCAUACCAACAGCACCCAAAUCCCCAGCAAUAUCCUGGCCCCACACCUACACUUAGGACCUCUAGGAUAGACUUGGAUGUGGAUGAUAAUUUCCCCCAAGAGUUCCUCAGGGAAGGAGUGGAGAUUCAGCCAGGAGGAGACAGUGAACCUGCCCCUUCAGGAUUCUCUCCCAUCCUCAUCAAAGCACCUCCUACCACCCAGCAAGUAGUGCAGGCACUCCCUCAGACACGUAUGUACCGCAGGGACUUCCUGAGAGAUGCCCUCGAACUGCAGAGGACUCGCUAUGACAUUAGGAGGACAGCACUUGAUGACACAAAUGUUCCCCAACAAGUGGGAGAUGACACAGAUACCACUGACAUUCCUGAAGCAGAAGCACCUCUCUUCCACCAUGAUUCUGAGAUACCAGUCCACAGCUCACCAGAUUAUGGUUCUUCGGACUACUAACCACAUUCCCCAAAUUACCCAUCAUUAGUGAUAACAAUGAUUUUAACCUGAAGGAGUCUGCCACACACCUCCAUGAACUGUAGUGUAUGUAUAGCAAUGUGUGUCUGCUUGCUUAGCACCUCACAGAGCCUCCCUUCUUAGUAACUAGGCUCACUGUGUCAAUACAAAUAUCUAAUGUAAAUAAUGUAUGUAAUAGCAUCAACUAACACAAUUAAAACUUUGGUCUUACUUUACUGAAUAAGCAUAACUACCUCAACACUUUUUGAUUUAAGGACCAUGAGUACAUUAGUAGAUUGAUCUAACAUUGGUAAAUACUACCGAUUCUGAAAAUACUCUGCAAUGAAUGGUAAAUUGUAAAUAACAAAUAACAUGACUAGAACUAAGGUACUAACAUCAAAUGACAACAAAUAAGGGAUAAUGAUUAAACUCCUUAACACAUCUUUAACCACACCAGAAGCUGCAGGGAUGAAGAACAAUAGAAGGCACUUGACUAAUACCAUCGUG